CUAAUAACUAAAUACUAAAGUGUGUUUUAAAGUCUAAUAAGUUGACACAGUGGUCUUGCAGUGAUACUGCAACAAUCUUUAAUAUUGAAUAGUGUAUUCUUAAUUGCUUAAAAUAACAUUUUUGAGUGGUUACAAUAACAGUCAGCAGGUCAUCAUUAUUAUUUAAUUUUGAAUGAUACUACAGUUGGUACGGCGGCUUCAUAUAACUCCUGUCUGUCAAGCGGCAGAGUCCUCACUCCUGGCAAAGUUGAGGAAAAAGACAGGCUACACUAUAGCAAACUGUAAAAAGGCCCUUGAAAUGAAUAAUAAUGAUACAGAUAAGGCAGAAGCAUGGUUGAAUGAACAGGCCCAGGCUAUGGGCUGGGCCAAAGCAACUAAACUAGCUGGGCGAAAGGCUCUCCAAGGCCUUGUGGCUGUAAAGUUUGACAAAAACCAUGGAGCCCUAGUUGAACUCAACUGUGAGACUGACUUUGUGGCCAAAAAUGACAAGUUCCAGAAAGUUCUGGAAGAUGCUACAUUGGCAUGCUACAAGUUUGCACACACUAACUUGCAGUCCAAGGGACCUAUCACAAAAUUGGAGUUAGACAGUGAGCAACUUGGAAGUUUAUCAGCUGAAGGAGGAAAAAAACUAUCCGAAGUUUUGGCACUUUUUAUUGGAUCUGUGGGUGAGAACGCCAUCUUAAGACGAGCUGAAUGCUGGAAAGCAAAUAGCAACGAUGUUAAAAUUACGGCCUAUACCCACCCUGCGCUUGCCACUCCUAGUGAUUAUUCUACAGGAAGAUAUGGGGCAUUGCUAGCUUACAAGCAACCCAAUGACAUUGAAGACGUUGGUAAACAUAUAUGCCAACACAUUGUCGGGUGUGCGCCGAGAAAAAUCGGCGACAAAGAGAAAGACAAACCAACCGAGAACUCUGAUGACGAAACUUGUCUCAUAUACCAAGAAUAUUUAUUGGAUCCUUCUUACACAGUUGAGGAGGUUCUGCAGAGUAAUAAAGUUGAAGUCCUAGAUUACGUACGGUUUUCAUGUGGCGAAGAAGCCGAAACGGAAAUGCCUGGUGUUGAAAAACAGCCGCUAGACUCAGUUCAAACACUUCAGUAGGAGUUACUGCAAUUAGGCCAUAGCAUACAGGAUACUUUCAUCCCCGGCGGACGCCGAUAUAGUUGCUUUUCGCUAGGAAACUCGAUGACGAGUGCAAACAUUUGAAUCCACGGUCAUACAAACUUCCAUCACUUUUUGUAUGUUUUGCGAUUAAAAACUACAUUCCGGGAACAUCCGAAUGCCAGUCACGCUAGAACGCGCAAUUUUAACACCAAGAUCAAUCCCAGAAAUCUGUCCGGACGCAAUACACCUAACAUGAAUACAAUUACAAAAACGCGCUGUUUUAAUAAGACGAUCAAAUUCGUUAAGUCGGCCAGACGUGGUGCAAAAUGGAAGCAACUGCUAAAAUAAGUGAUUUCGAUACAGCCACUUAAACAUUCGCUUUUCGCCGAUGUUAAAAGUAUCGUUUUGCUCUUAGGUGCUAAGAUUAUUGUUUGUGAAAUGCACCUAAUAGAAAUUAAGUCAAUAAUAAUAGCAUUUUAAACCCAUACAAAUAUCAUUUUAU